AUGGCUACACGUUCAGAACCAAUGGAUAUUAAUUUUCAACCAUUGGAUAUUAAUGAAAGAAGUGUUAAUAACAAGUUUGUAGAUAAUGUUGCUGCAAUUAUUUUACAAUAUCCCAACACAGAAGGGUUAAUUUAUGAAGAUUUGGAUUUAUUAAUUCAAUGCGCACAUAAAGAAAAGAUUCUCGUUAUAAUGGUUUGCGAUUUACUUUCUCUCACACUUUUACGCUCUGCCGGAGAUUUGGGUGCAGAUAUUGCAGUAGGUAGUGCUCAACGGUUUGGGCAUCCUCUUGGUUAUGGCGGGCCUCAUGCUGGUUUUAUCUCUGUUGCCAAUCUAGCUUUGGCUAGACAAAUGCCUGGAAGGAUUGUUGGAGUUUCUAGAGAUCAACAGGGAAAUAUUGCUUAUCGUUUAACUCUCCAAACUAGAGAACAGCAUAUUCGAAGAGAUAAAGCAACCUCCAAUAUUUGCACUGCUCAAGCACUUCCCGCUAAUAUUUCUGCAAUGUAUGUAAUCUAUCAUGGACCCAAUCGUUUAGCUUAUAUAGCCAAAAGGAUACAUAAAGCUACAUCAUUUUUUUCUCAAAGUAAUUUGAAAUUUAAUUUGGUUCAGAAUUUGUACUAA